AGGAAGGGGAGAAGAGCGAAGAGGCCUGAGCCCACAGUGAAAUACAACGCAAAGUUCUUUCUGCCAACCCGGUUACGAUGGACCAGAAAAUCCUGGUUUUAGCAGCAGAUGAAAAAUCGGAGCGACUUCAGUUAUGCCUGCAAAACGCGAAAGAAAAUGAGUUGAGUGAGCUGGUUACGAAGCAUGCUCUGAGGGGGAAGGAAAUCAGUGCUCUUCUGAGAGGGAUCUUCAAAGGCUCUCCCUGCUCCCAACAAAGUGGUGUUGUUAGGAGGAUCAGUGUUUACAAGCAUUGUAUCCAGUUGGUGGAAUCAGGGGACCUGCAUGUGGAAAUCGCAUCUGAGAUUAUAAGGCUGCUAAUGUUAGAGGCUCAUGAACUGCCAGGCCCUGCAUUGGUUGACUUGGCUACUUUCUUUGUUGAAGCUAUCAAAGGAGGCAGCCUGCUUAGUGGUAAAUCCUUGGAGCUCUUUCCUACGGUUCUGACUGCACUGGCUACAUGUAAAGAAGCUCUGGUUUAUGGUACAGGUGAGCUGAGUGGAGAAGAAUUUAAGAAACAGCUGAUCAAUACACUUUGCUCCAGCAGGUGGAGUCAUCAAUAUGUGAUUCAUCUCACCUCCAUGUUCAGAGACGUCCCAUUGAGUGCAGAAGAGCUGCAGUUCGUGGUGGAAAAGGUCCUAAGGAUGUUCUCUAAGUUAGACCUCCAGGAAAUCCCACCUUUGGUUUAUCAGCUGCUGUUGCUUUCGUCAAAGGGUAGCAAGAAAAGUAUUUUGGAAGGAAUAAUCAACUUUUUCAACCAGAUGGAUAAAAAGCAAAAAGAAGAGCAGAGAGAUUCAGAGUCAAUGGACCUUGAAGAAGACACAGUGCCCUUAGAGCAACUCCGUCAUGUGGAAGGCACCAUCAUUCUGCAUAUUGUGCUCGCUAUUAAUCUAGACCAGGAUUUAGGAAAGGAGCUAAUCAAAUACUUAAAGACUGAGCAACAAGGCGAUCCUAGCAAGGCCCUGUGUCCCUUCAGUGUAACCAUUUUGCUCUCCGUGGCCAGAAUACACCGAUUUGGAGAGCAGGUGUUUGACUUCCUAAAAACUUCGAUUAUGAGAAGCUUCAAGGACAAACAGUUCCUUCAGGGCUCCAAGUUCCUUCAGGAUUUGGCUCCUCUACACGAUGACGUAGCUGCCAUGUUUUUAAAAGUUGUGGAAAACAGUGUGUUUGGUUGGGAUCACGUGACUCAGGGUCUGGUGGAGCUUGGAUUCAUCCUGAUGGACUCCUAUGGGCCAAAAAGACCUUUUGGAGGCAAAGCCACAGAAAUUAACCAUGGGCUCUCCAAAACUCCAGCCCAGCAGGCAUGUAAAUUGGGAGCUGAUAUCCUAUUGGAAGCCUUCAAGGUCCAUGAGACGAUCAGAAGUGAAAUACUGGAGCAGGUCCUAAACAGAGUCAUCACCAAUGCAGGUUCCUCUAUCAGCCACUUCAUAGAUCUGUUCUCCGGUAUUAUCCUCUCUGCCCCCCUUGUCCUUCAGAACUCUUCCUCCAAAGUCACAGAGGCCUUCGAUCAUUUGUCAUUCCUACCCCUCGACACAGUGCAAGGGCUUCUGAAGGCCGUUCAGCCCCUGCUCAAAAUAAGCAUGCCCAUGAGGGACUCCCUGAUCCUUGUUCUUCGCAAGUCGAUGUUCUCCGGGCAGCUGGAUGCCCGUAAAUCAGCAGUUGCGGGAUUUUUGCUCCUCUUGAAGAAUUUUAAGGUUCUGGGCAGCUUGACUUCCUCCCAGUGCAGCCAGGCAAUUGGUGCAAGUCAGGUUCAGGUGGACGUCCACACCCGCUAUAAUGCAGCAGCUAAUGAGGCUUUCUGCCUGGAAAUCCUGGGCAGCUUGAGACGAUGUUUAAGUCAGCAGGCUGAUGUCAGACUCAUGCUCUACGAGGGUUUUUACGACGUCCUGCGCAGGAACUCGCAACUGAGUAAUUCCAUUCUGGAGACGCUGCUGUCUCAGAUAAAGCGGUAUUAUGAACCAGAACCAGACCUCCUGCCCCCGAUAAAACUAGAGGGCUGCAUCGUGGCUCAGAGAGACCAGAUCUUCCUGCAAGAACCUUUGGCUCACCUGCUCUGCUGCAUCCAUCAUUGCCUGGCCUGGUAUAAGAGCACUUCAACCCUGCGCCAGCAGGCUGAGGAAGAUGACGACGAAGACAAGGGCUUCCAGCGAGAGUUGGAUGAGAUGCUCGAGUCUAUCACACGGCGAAUGAUCAAGAGUGAACUGGAAGAUUUUGAAUUGGAUAAAUCGGCAGACUUCUGUCAAUCAACUGGAGUGGGUUUGAAGAACAAUAUCUUUGCCAUUUUAGUGAUGGGCAUCUGCGAAGUCCUGAUUGAGUACAACUUUACCGUAGGGAAUUUCAGCAAGAGCAGUUUUGAAGAUGUCCUCAGCCUGUUCAAGUGUUAUACCAAACUCUGUGAAAUCCUGAAAGAGAAAGCUGGGAAGAACAAGCCCCCUUCAGCAAACAAAAUCGCCCGGAGCUUCCUUUCCAUGGGUUUUGUGUGCACCUUGCUUACAAGUCUCUUCAGGGACUGUUCCCAGAGCCACGAGGAGAGCCUGGCUGUUCUACGCUCCAGCAGCGAAUUCAUGCGCUAUGUUGUCAGUGUGGCAUUGCAGAAAGUCCAGCAGCUGGAGGAGACGGGGCAAACAGAUGGACCUGAUGGGCAGAACCAAGAGAAGAUGUUCCAAAAUCUCUGCAAAAUCACUCGAGUCCUGCUGUGGAGAUACACCUCCAUCCCAACCGCAGCAGAAGAAUCAGGGAAGAAGGAGAAGGGCAAGAGCAUCUCGCUGUUGUGCCUGGAGGGUUUGCUGCGAAUCUUUAACGCCGUGCAACAGCUGUAUCUGGCAAAGGUCCCGCAGUUUCUGCAGGCGUUGGAUAUUACAAACGAAGAUGCCGAAGAAGAGGUGGACGUUAACGUCACAGAGAGAGCAGCCUUCCAGAUUCGACAGUUUCAGAGGUCUCUACUGAACCAGCUCAACAAUGCUGAAGAUGAUUUCAACAGCAAGGAAGCCCUUCUGUUGGUCAACAUUCUUGCAACACUUUCGAAACUGUUGGAGCCUUCCUCCCCGCAGUUUAUGCAGCUGUUAUCGUGGACAGUCAAGAUUUGCAAGGAAAAUAGCCUGGAAGAUGCCCCUUGCUGCAAAGCUUUGCUAGCCCUGCUCUUCAGUCUGCACGCUCUCAUCAGAAGCCCAGUCAGCGUUCUGCGUGAGCUCACCCGGGACAUCCACGCUCAGCUUGGGGACAUAGACCAGGACCUUCAAGUGGAGCAUCAGUCCCACUUUGCUAUCGUGAACUCGAAGACAGCAGCUCCUACGGCUUCUCUGCUGGUUUUGGCUCAAGCCGAGAAGGUCCUUGAAGAGGUGGAUUGGUUGAUCCAUAAGAUGAAGAGCCAUUUGGGGUCAGAGGCAGCAGAUGAUGCUUCUCAAGCAGCAAACCAGACCCAGCCGCUAGAAAAGGCAAUCAUUCUUCAGCUUGGGACUUUGCUGACCGCUUACCAUGAGCUGGUACAAACGGCAUUGCCUACUGGGAGCUGUGUGGACAUGCUACUCAGGAGUGUCAGCAAGAUGUAUGCCAUUCUCACUGCCCUUGUAAAAUAUUAUCUCCUAGUGUGUCGAAGCACAACUGGCGGAAUUUCUGGACGGUUUGAAAAGCUGGUUAGACUCUCUGGUUCCCACCUGACCCCGCAGUGUUACGGCUUUAUCACAUAUGUGCAGACCAUCCAGAGUGAAACCUUAAGCUUUGCAGGAGCAAAGAAGAAAAAGGACAAAGCUAUAGUAGAGGUCUCCACUGUCAUGGCCAAAGUGUUGCGAGAGAGUAAGCCAAUCCCAAACCUGAUUUUUGCUAUAGAACAAUAUGAAAAUUUCCUGAUCCAUCUCUCAAAAAAAUCAAAGGUCAACCUAAUGCAGUAUAUGAAACUGAGCACCUCCCGGGACUUCCGCAUCAAUGUGUCUACGCUGGAGAGCGCCCUUCAGGAACAGAAUGCGGAAGAUGCCGAAAAUGAGCCAGACAAUGACCAGAGCAUUGCAUCUGGACAAUCCAACAACAGCCAGGAACCCAAAAAGAAGAGACGGAAAAAAUAAGAGCUGCCUUCUUUAUUCCCAAGUGGCUGUUUUGACCUGGUAAUGCUUCUAAGACAUAGCAUUAGACAAAGACUGUCUCCUUUUAACACAGGCUUUAAUCAACAGCGAAUGUAUCUGCUUGCCAUAUGAAUGACAUCAUUCAUAAUUCUUUAAAUUGUUGUACCACCAAUUACCUGCUGAACUGUCCUGUCAUUCUUGCAGAGCACAGCUGAAGUGCAACCAUUCCUUUUGGCUUCAGCCCAAUCUGGGCAGAGAUUUUGCCUUAGCAAAGCGCUGUACCCUGUUGAUUCCAUGCAUUUUUCUCACUGUCAGACUGGAAAGAAGAAGUCAGGUAGAGGGAAUAGGUAGGGGUCAUUGCUUAAGAGACUGCUUCUAGGAUGAUUCCCUGAGCUGCUAAGUUUCCUGUUACAGUCUCGAGUCCUAUUUUCCUUUCUCCAAUGAGCCUUUGGUUAUUUUGAGAAGUUGAUAUAUAUCCAGAGCAUCACCUGAAAGAAAUUAAGAAUAGUAAAGUUCCUUUCACAGAUUCCCCGCAAACCAGCACAGCAGAUAGUGAGUUAUACUUGUUGCUCUACGUGCCACUAAAUACUUCUUGUCCUAGCAGGGUAAGAGGAGAACAACUAAUUGACACCAGUGUCUCUCAUCAUUACUAUUGUAAUUCAAGACUGGUGAUAUUAUGGAAGAAAGGUAGAGAAUAUUCCAAAUAUUUGUCCCUUUUCUAAAAUGUGUUUUGCUUUAAAGAUUUGUUUUAAAGAGUUCCUGUGAGAACUUAAUUUAAUAAAACAAAUACAUGAGCUGUU